AUGUACCUUCCCACAGUGCUCUUUUCAGCCCUAUCUCUCGGCGCGGGAGCUCUUGGCGCCCCGGCGGAAUUGCAGCGUCGGGCUAGCAGGACGAGUGCGCCUGCUGGCUGUUUGACGGUCGGGUCUGGCGGGACUUAUAGCACGAUUGGCGGUGCUCUCGAAGCACUUGGUUCCUCGACGGCCUCGGCGUGUAUCUUUGUCGCCAGUGGUACAUACACGGAACAGCUGAAGAUCGACUAUGCAGGCAAUCUGACCCUAUAUGGCCAGACGAGUGAUACUGGAACCUACAAGAGUAAUACGGUGACUAUCACGCACACGAUUUCUUCGCCUCAGGCUGGUACGCUGGAUAAGAGUGCCACGGUGAAUGUUGUUUCCGAUGGGUUCAAGAUGUAUAACAUAAAUGUGGUGAAUGGGUAUGGAAAAGGUUCUCAGGCCGUCGCACUGGUCGGCAACGCCGACCAGCUCGGCUUCUACGGAUGCCAAUUUUCGGGCUACCAGGAUACACUAUACGCCAAAGCUGGAUCGCAGUACUACUCAAACUGCAUGAUCGAAGGAGCUGUGGACUACAUCUUCGGCGACGCCUCCGCCUGGUUCGGCGAAUGUGACAUCGUCUCCAACGGCCCGGGCGCCAUAACCGCCAACUCGCGCGAAGAAUCCGACGACACAGCCUGGUACGCCAUCGACAACUGCAACGUGAAAGCGGCAUCCGGCACCGACAUCGACGGCGACGUAUACCUGGGCCGGCCGUGGCGCGUGCUUUCUCGAGUGAUUUAUCAGAAUUCACAACUAGGCAGUCUGAUUAAUGCGAAGGGGUGGACGACCAUGGCGGAGGGGGCGACGCCGUUUUAUUAUGAGUUUAAUAAUGAGGGCGAGGGCGCGAGUACCGCCGACCGCGAGUAUGAGAGUAGUAUCUCGGCGGCUGUUAAUAAGAAUACGGUUCUGGGGAGUGGGUGGAAGAGUUGGGUUGAUACUAGUUACUAA